CACAUAAAAAAGAUAUAAUUUUCACUCAAAGAGUUUCAAAUACUAAUUCCUUAAAGUGGAAAUAAAUUUUAGGUGUUUAAGAAUUACAGUAGUGUACCAAACAGGCCAAUCAGGUCGACCAAAACAACUGACCUUGGUAUACUUGCCAUUGUUUUUGCAAUGGGAGAACCAGAACAGGCAGGGAAGAAAAUUCCUGUACAAAAGGAUGGGUAUGAUCCCGUCACAGGCAAGAAGAAGAAGGAGUUUGGCUUGUUUUACCUCCCAUCCCGGGUACUCUUCCUCGAUUACUUCUCCUUAGGAAAUCCCCGCUGUAGCGACAUGGAACUAGAUUGGCUCAGAUGUGCUGAUAAAACCGGGCUUUCUCUUUCCACAGAAAAGUGUAAAGAACAGUUUGAUGACUACUUGGAAUGCAAAUUUCAGUAUAAAUCGCGUCAUCGAUUUUUGGAAAUUGUGAAGAAGCGGAAUGAAGAUAAGUCUUUAACGGAGAAUGUAGUCUACCCAGAUAAGGACUUAUUCAAAUAACAUGACCACUGUGGUAGAUUCUUACAGUGACUGUGUGAACUAGUGAAUUUUACUGUCAUAUGAAUGCCAGCGUUAACAAUAAACUUAUGUCUUUAUGCCUUC